GAGAGAGAGAGAGAGAGAGGUGAUCGAUUCAUCCAUCCAGCCAUGGCUGCUGCCGCUGCUGGAGAGAUGGAGGAGGUGAAGCGCUUCCUGGAUGAGUGCCGGGAAUCCGGCGACAAGACCUACGGCGUCUUCAAGGGCGUGCUGGAUGAGCUCCAGAAUGAGACCACGCGAUCCAGGGCGCGCAAGCUGCUGGCAUCCGUGGAGCGCUACGUUGACGCCGAGCUUUCCACUGUGGAUUGCUUCGCGACAUUCCAUUUCCGGAUCCAUCAGCUCGUUCUCUCGGAUUCUCAAGGUCUUCGCAAGAACCGUCAAAAGCUCACGCUUCUUGAGCUGCCGAGCAUCUUCAUUCCCGAGGACUGGUCGUUUACUUUCUACGAAGGGAUCAAUCGCCUCCCGGACAGUGGAUUCCAUGACCGCGAUGUGGCAGAGCUGGGCUGCGGCAAUGGCUGGGUGUCCAUUGCCAUCGCCGAGAAAUUGCUACCGAGAAAGGUGUAUGGCUUGGACAUCAAUCCUCGAGCGAUCAAAGUUGCCUGGAUCAACCUCUACUUAAACGCGCUUAGCGGCGAGGACGGAUCACUGGUGAUCGACCGCGAGGGGAAAUCGCUACUGGAUCGUGUCGAGUUUUACGUUUCGGAUUUGCUGGGUUAUUGCCGGGACCGAAAUAUCAUGCUGGACCGCGUUGUCGGCUGCAUACCUCAGGUGCUCAAUCCCGAUCCGGAAGCCAUGCUUAAGCUUGUCUCGGAGAAUGCUAGCGAGGACUUUUUAUAUUCCCUCAGCAACUAUUGCGGGCUUCAAGGCUUUGUGGAAGAUCAGUUUGGCCUGGGACUCAUUGCGAGAGCUGCAGAAGAAGGCAUUAGCGUGAUAAAGCCCAAUGGUGCUAUGAUUUUCAACAUCGGUGGCCGACCGGGACAGGCUGUCUGCGAGCGCCUGUUCGAGAGGAGAGGCUUUAAAAUCGCCAAGCUGUGGCAAACGAGAGUCAAACAGGCAGCCGAUACAGACAUUUUAGCGCUAGUUGAGAUAGAGAAGAACAGCCGCCAUCGCUUUGAAUUUUUUAUGGGGCUGUUGAGCGAAGAGCCGAUCUGUGCGCGCACAGCAUGGGCGUACUCCAGAGCUGGAGGCGAAAUCUCUCAUGGAUUAUCUGUAUACAAGUGUGAACUACGCCAUCCCAACGAGAUAAAGACCAUAUUCAAGUUUUUGAAUAACAAGAUUCAGGAAUUACGAGGUGCAUUAGACUUAUCAUUCUCAGAAGAAUCAGUGGCGGAAGAGAAAAUUCCUUUCCUUGCAUACCUCGCAAAUGCACUGGAGGGGCUUUCCUAUAUCCCCUGCGAACUCCCAGUUGGAAGCACCAAUUUUCGCAGCUUAAUUGCCGGUUUCUUUCGAAUAUAUCAUGGAAUACCUCUCACCCCCGCUAAUGUAGUUGUGCAGCCGUCAAGGUCUGUUCUCAUCGAAAACAUUCUCCGUCUUUAUCAACCAAAGCUUGCUCUAAUUGACGCGAUGUUCACGAGAUGGUUACCAAAGAAAUGGCUGACGGUGUUACCCCACCAAAGUGAUCAAGUCAGCUCGUCUGAGAUCGCCGUGGUGGAGGCUCCUCAUCGCACAGAUCUGGUCAUUCAGCUACUCAGGCACUUGAAGCCUCAGAUUGUCAUCACCAGCCUCGCGGACUUUGAAAUGAGAACCUCCACUGCGUUUGAACAGUUGCUGCACGAGUGUGCCGAGGUCGGUGCGCGGCUUUUCCUGGACAUAUCGGAUUACGUGGAGUUGUCUAGUGCACCCGGCACUAAUGGUGUCCUGCAAUACAUGGCCGCUCACGCGCUUCCGUCGCACGCUACCAUCAUGAGUGGCUUGGUGAAAAAUAAGGUCUACGCUGACUUGGAAGUUGCCUUUCUUAUAUCCGAGAAUAAAGAUGUUCUCCAUGCGCUGGCUUUGUCUGGGGAGCUUGUGGACGGCCGGACUGCCGUAAUGAACCAGUUCUACUAUGGUUGUCUCCUACACGAGUUACUUAGUUUUCAUCUGCCAGAGCGUCACACGUCUUCAGAGAGAUUAAUCCGCCAAGAGGAAAGCUCCAAGUUCAUCCGUUUUGCAGACUGCACUAGGAAAGCUAUUGUCGAGGCUGAAGUAUGUAGCUCGGGGUCAUUGGUGGCGAAUGCCAUUCACCUGGAUAUUGAUGAGAACGCUCUUCCCACGCCCCUGGCGGUGAAGGCGGUAAUCUUCGAGGCGUUCUGCCGACAAAACGUGAGCGAAGCAGAAACCGAUCCCAAGCCGGAAAUUCUGGAUUUUAUAAAAGCCAAGUGCCUGCUCGGACCAGACUAUUGUGGGGAACUAGUGCUUGGGGACAGCUGUUUAUCCUUGUUCUCGAAUCUGGUACUGGGCUGCGUCGAAGACAAAGGCACCCUGUGCUUUCCUGCGGGCUGCAACGGGACGUAUCUGUCGACUGCCAAGUUUUACGAUGCAGACCUGAGAAGAAUUCAAACGAAGAAAGGCGACGGCUUCAAGCUUACGGCCCAUGCAGUGGAAGAGACGAUCAGGGAUCUUACAAGGCCGUGGCUCUACAUCUCGGGUCCGACAGUGAGCCCCACAGGCGUCCUCUAUUCCAGCGGGGAGAUAAUCUCAAUCCUCUCGGUGUGCGAGAAAGCUGGCGCAAGGGUUAUCAUAGACACUUCGUUUUCCGGGCUCGAGUACGAUAGCAGCCGGGUGGACUGGGACUUGAAGAGUUUCGUGGGCAGAGCAAGCGGCAGCAACAAGUCGUUUGCAGUUGCACUUCUAGGGGGAUUCUCUACGGAACUGCUAUCAGGCGGGCAUGAAUACGGCUUUGUGACUUUUACCAGCUCCAUCUUUUCCGAGGCGUUUAAAGACGCUCCCUUGAGGAAAACACCACACAUGACGUCCAACUACAUGAUCAAGAAACUUCUGGCGAUGGCGAACAGCAAAUCGUCCUCGAGGGACUUGCAAGACGGAGUUCGUAGUCAGCAGCUCAUCCUCAAGCAGAGGGCUGAGAAGAUGAAAGAGGCGCUGGUUGCGUGUGGAUGGGAGGUUUUGGAGCCUCAAGGAGGGAUCUCCCUAGUUGCUCGUCCAUCGGCUUACGAGGGCAGGACGUUUUCGUACAAAAGUAUCGGCGGGGAAACGACGAAAGAGAUUAAGCUGGACAGCGUGAACAUACGCGAAGCAAUGCUGUGCAGCACCGGCGUUUGCGUGAGCAGCAGCCAGUGGACGGGGUUGGAGCACUAUUGUCGCUUCGUCAUCGCUGUUAGCGACGACAAAUUCGAUACGGCGUUGAAAGCGCUGCGGAGGUUCAAGGACUUGGUGCUGGGCUGACGAUCCAUCGCUAUCUUCUCCUCCUGGAAACAGAAACAAGAGGACGGAAAUCAUCCAUCCAUCCAUCCAUCCAUCCCUCGACAGAGACAAACAGCGGCGGACGGAAUGGUCGGUCAACCAAGAGUUAUUUUUUGGACGAAAGGAAGAAAAAGAAUGGGUUGGUUGUUGACGUUUGAUUACCUACCUAACAGGGGAUCCACGAGCUCCCAGUUGGGGAGCGAACGUGGCUUGGCUA